CCGUUGCAAUGCAUUCGACUUGCUGUUGAGCUCGCAGCGAGCAAUGCUACCCUUUGUUAUGAGAAGUGAUGAAAAAUCUCGUUUAAAAACAAGAUUUGCUUAAUCGAACCGUCGGUAUCGCCGGCUCCAUCGGUGUUCGCCGUGAAAAGUGAACCCGUUCGUCGGGAGUUUAUCCACAGCACUUCUUAUUUCACGAGUUAGCGUGUUAGCUUUGCGGACAGCAGCUCGGAAAGAUGUCGCUUCACGGGAAAAGAAAAGAAAUCUACAAAUACGAAGCUCCAUGGACGGUGUACGCGAUGAACUGGAGCGUCCGUCCGGACAAACGCUUCCGGCUGGCUCUCGGGAGUUUUGUGGAGGAAUACAACAACAAGGUUCAGCUGGUGGGUCUGGAAGAGGAAAGCUCAGAGUUUGUCUGCAGGAACACAUUUGAUCAUCCUUACCCCACCACCAAGAUCAUGUGGAUCCCAGACACCAAGGGGGUUUACCCAGACCUGCUGGCCACCAGCGGGGACUACCUGCGCAUAUGGAGGGUCAGUGACACAGAAACGCGUCUCGAAUGUUUGCUGAAUAACAACAAGAACUCAGACUUCUGCGCUCCUCUCACCUCCUUCGACUGGAACGAAGUUGAUCCCAACCUGCUGGGAACGUCCAGCAUCGACACCACCUGCACGAUCUGGGGACUGGAGACUGGUCAGGUUUUGGGACGAGUCAACCUGGUUUCUGGACACGUGAAGACCCAGCUGAUCGCUCACGACAAAGAGGUGUACGACAUCGCGUUCAGCCGCGCAGGAGGCGGCAGGGACAUGUUCGCCUCGGUCGGUGCCGAUGGAUCCGUUCGCAUGUUUGACCUGCGACACCUGGAGCACAGCACCAUCAUCUACGAGGACCCCCAGCACCACCCGCUGCUCCGCCUCUGCUGGAACAAGCAGGACCCCAACUACCUGGCCACGAUGGCCAUGGAUGGCAUGGAGGUGGUGAUCCUGGAUGUUCGUGUGCCGUGCACGCCCGUGGCUCGGCUCAACAACCACCGCGCCUGUGUUAACGGCAUCGCCUGGGCGCCUCAUUCUUCCUGUCACAUCUGUACGGCAGCUGACGACCACCAGGCUCUGAUCUGGGACAUCCAGCAGAUGCCUCGCGCCAUCGAGGACCCCAUCCUGGCCUACACCGCCGAGGGGGAGAUCAACAAUGUGCAGUGGGCCUCCACGCAGCCCGACUGGAUCGCCAUCUGCUACAACAACUGCCUGGAGAUCCUGCGUGUUUAAACGCCGCGGGGGGGGAGCUCCGUCUCACGUUGGGACUGCUGUCGUCCUCGUCCCUGCUCGUUUUCAGGACAGAGAUGAGACAACUUAAACACACACAAAGUGAACUUCCUGAACAUGUUUGGAGUGUGACACACUUACUCUGCAGUAAACUGGUUUACAUUCGUUCUUCAUCAUCGCUCCGGUUUGAUUAAGCAGGCGUAAGCUCUUAUUUAUUUUGCUCAGCAGCCAUAAGAAGCAUCAGUGCUGUGAACCUGGAGCUGCUGUUCAGAUUCGUUUUUUAUACUCAUUGUUACUUCAGCCAGACGAGAGAUUAGGGGGCGGGGUUUAGACGUUGUGCAUUUCACCUGUUUGAUUUGUGGAGGUUGWUCCGGGCUGCAGACGACCUCUUGAAUACGUAGGAUUAUGUUGUAGCCUUCUGGUGGAUGCAGACCAUAAUGUUGUAUUAUAGCCCUGUUUACUCCAGCGGCAGGUUAGGCUCCUCCUCCUCGCUGGAUGAGUGUGUAGUCUCAGACUUGUGACCUGUGCAGCCAUUACAACAAAUGUAAAAUAAGUUUAGAGCGAAUCGUGCUGCAGCUCUGACAGUCGUUCACAUUAACGCUCAUCAUCAUCAUCAUCAUCAUCAUCAUCUACCAGAGACGUUCUCAAAGCUCCCGAAUUCUUUCAAUUUGUUGCUGAUUGUGUUUGAAAAGCUGCUUUUUUAUCUGUUAGAGUGAGGUUUGAAGUGAAUGGAAACAACUCUGUCUUUUUCUUGUGUUCAGUAACUGAAGGGUCAUGGUCCUUGUUGCAUGUCAUUACAAGGCAAAAUGUAAAUACAUAUAAAUAUAUCAAACUGAUGUUGUUAGCCACGUGUUCAUGUCGUAGCUCUUUUCAUAAAGUUUAUUAUUGAAUUUGCUCUAAUAAAACAUAUUCCUCCAUGUCUUAGAAGCUAA